AUGGAUUAGAGAUAAUUAGAAGUUCUCAUUGAAGAAGAUAUUAAAAAAAAAGAAGAAUAUAAACAAUAUAAAUAUCCCCAAAUUGAAAAUACCAAUAUUUUAUUUGAUGAUUUAAGAAAACAAGUUUAAAAGUAGCAAAUCUCAUUUAGGAAAUGGUUGACUAUUGGUUUAUACUCUCUUCAUUUAGAUGUUUUGCUUUCUGAAAGACAGUAAGAUAAAAAUCAGCCAUGCAUAUUGAUCAAUUCUAGUAAUCAAAUUUGCCAAUUGAAUAAUUAGGCAUUCUAACUAGGAAUAAGAGUUGGAAUGAAUACUUCUGAGAUAGAAAAUAUUAUUUAAAACAUCCUUAUACUUAAAAUGUAGAAUUAAUAGAGCUCACAGGAAGUUUUUAAUUCAAUCUUAAGGUAUUUACAAUAGAUUGAUAAAGAUGUAGAGGUGGAUUUUAAUAAUAAAAAUAUAUAUUAUUUUCUCAUAGAUGUAACCAAUUAUAUGACUGAAAAAGGUUUUGAGAAUCCAGCUGAUAUAGCUUCAUCAAUUGCAAAUUAUAUUCAUAAUGAAUUUAAGGUAGAAUCAUUCUGUGGGAUAGGAGCAAAUACUCUGCUCUCAUUCCUUGCAGCUUAAAUGUCUUUUCAUUCCAUUUUGUAAAACUCUUGUAUAAGUAGAAUUUAAGAAAUUAAAGAUUUUGUCUCUCAUCUUCAUUUAGAUAUAAAAAUGAUGACUAAUUUAUCAGAAUCUCUGUUAGCCUCUCUUGAAAAAAUGAGAAUCAUGAGUAUAAAUGAUAUUAAUAAUAAUUUAAUCUAAAUAUAUCAAACUUUUCCAUAAAAUGUUACAAAUUCUCUUUUGUAGAUUUACUAUGGAGUAAGCAGAAAUUACCAUAAUGUUUAAGUUGAAAUAGAUUAAUUGAAAGUAAGUAGAAUGCUUAAGUUGGGAGAGUAUUCAAUAUAAUAACUUCAAUACUUAGUUGAUCAAAUAGUAGAAUAAAUUACUUUGGAUAUGAAACACUACAAGAGAAUAGCUAAGAUAGCUAAACUUUAAUUAACGAAAAUAGACCAUACAAAUAUUGUAGUUAAAAGAGAAAUACUUCGAAUAGAUUCAGAUUAUUUUGACCUAUUAAAAUCAGAGUGUUUCCAAAUGCUUAAAUCCCUUUAAAUUUAGAAUCUCUUGCUUUAAAAGAUAACAAUUCAAGUUUUUGAAAUGAUCCCUAUUGACUCUAUAAUAAAUUCAAACAUAACUUUUGCAUAAAGAUUUUAUAAGUGCGUUUAAUAACAACAAUAAAGCAAAAAAAGCUCUUUGUAACCUGCACAAAUCAAAGAAUAAAGCUCAACAAACUAUGGAAUGAGUAACACCAAUUACAUUCAGAAUUAAGACUAAAAUAGGUUUUCUUUUAAUCAGAAUAACUUAUUCUAAUAAAGAGAAGAAAAUGAAAAUAAAAGUUUAAUUAAAGAGUAAAAAAUUGAUUUACAAUAAAAUAAAACUUUUUUUUAAUAAAAUUAACAAAAAUAAUUUUUAUAAUAAAAAACAAAUAAUAAUUAAAAUAAUCAGCAAUAAAAAAGCAAACAAUUAUAAUAAACUUAGCUUUUUAAACAAAGCAACUAAAGUUAAAUAUCCCAUUUCUUAAAAAACCAAAAAAAUUGA